UUGUUAAUUUUUACUAUGAUAGUAUCUGUCCAUUUGAUCAGAAACGCGUUCAGUCGCAGUAGGCCAGUGGCAACGAUAUUGAUUAAAUAACAACGAAAUAAUGGAGAGGCCGGAAAAAACCGAAAUCACGUACGAGUAUACAAAGCGAAGGAAAGAUUUCGGAAAACAAACUCUAUUUGAAGAUUAUGGCCCUGAAAUUUGUGUUAGUAUUCCCUGCAAUCCUAAUCACUAUAAAAAUUAUAUACUACGCAAUCCUGUACAUGUUGCGGUACAGAAUGCUCCAAAUAUGUCUGAACACUGGGUGAAUUCAACGAGAGCGGAGUAUACAAGUUCCGGUAUAAACCAUGUCGAAGGUGGUUGGCCUAAGGAUAUAAACAUGAAUGACCCUGAAGCCACACAGAGAUAUCGUCGUAAGAUUGAAAAGGAUGACGCUUACAUUCAUGCUGUUAUGCACCUUGGACAUAGUAUGGAGCACAACAUAUUGCAGAACAAUGCCGUAGAUAUGUAUCAGAUAUAUUUCUCAUAUAUAUGGGACAUAGAUAAUGCAAACGCCCCUGAGUUAACAAUAAAACCACCUCAACCGUUAUUAGACUUGCAGUUCAAUCCUCGUGAGCAGCACACGCUUGUCGGUGGUAUGCUGAAUGGACAGGUUGGUUGGUGGGAUGUUCGUAAAGGCGGAGACCCGGUCGGUCUUUGUCCACCGCACGUGGCUCACAGAGAUCUCGUGAGAAACGUUUUGUUCAUCAAUUCAAAAACUGGCGCUGAAUUCUUCUCUUCGUCUCCCGAUGGUGUUGUCAAGUGGUGGGAUACGCGUAAUAUGAACGAACCUACAGAUUCGAUGAUAAUCGACAUUGUUAAGUUGCCAAACGACACCCAGAGCAUGGAAAAGGCUUUAGGCAUAUCAGCACUCGAAUAUGAGCCUACUAUACCGACAAGAUUUAUGGUAGGAACUGAAACCGGAUUAGUGAUCGGAGCAAAUCGUAAAGGAAAAACACCGUUAGAAAAAUUGCCUUCCAAAUACGAAGCCCAUUUCGGACCAGUAUACGCGCUUCAGAGGAACCCGACGUUCUUGAAGAACUUUCUAACAGUUGGCGACUGGACAGCUCGCGUGUGGAGCGAAGAUUGCAGAGAAUCCUCCAUUCUUUGGACACAUUCACACAAAACUAAACUAACGGAUGGAGCAUGGAAUCCUAUAAGAUUUUCACUGUUAUUGGUGACGCAAUGGGAUGGUUGUCUUUCUUGUUGGGACUUGUUGAGAAGUCGCAGCGCGCCCAUAGUGACCGCGCAACUCUGUGACGAACCUUUAUUACGAUUGCGUCCACACGAAGGAGGUUUGUUGGUGGCUUGUGGUAGUAGCAAAGGAACUAUUUACUUAGCGGAGUUGUCACAAAAUCUUGGAACCGCUGAUAAAAAUGACAAGCAACUUCUUACACAUAUUUUAGAACGCGAGAACAAACGUGAGCGUAUUUUGGAAGCUCGUAUGCGGGAAAUGAGAUUAAAAAUGCGUCAAGACCGUGAUGGAGGACAGCCUCAGUUCUCAGAGAGUGACCCCACCACCAACGAUAGAGACCUUGAAGAAGCCUCCGCGGAAUACCAACAAAUUGUCAAUGACCUGUUAGCUCAGCGAAAAACUCAUUAAUUCAAAAUUAUCUUUAAAAAAUAAACGGAAAUAAUGUCAACAUAAAUCCGACUCGAAGGACCAGAAGUAAUGAAAACAAAAGUAUUUGUGCAAAAAUCAGUAUAUUGAUUACUUCGUUACCUUUAAAGUCGAACAUCUUAAUCUUAGUAUAACCUCACAUAAGUUACAAUAUAUCUCAUUUUUGAUCGAUUUCUGCAGCGACAACUACUUUAAACUCUACUGCACACAGUAUAAAGUUCUUUUUAUAGGUUGUUUUGUCCAUUUCGGUGUUUUUUUCUUCAUUUGUUUCCAUUGAAUGCGAUGAAGGACCAUUUGUGCUCGAUGUUAGCGCCGACGCCGCUGGUGGUGCGCAGGAAGACGUCGCCGUGCUUGUGCAGCACGCGGUGCGCGGCCGCCUGCGACACCUCGGGGAACAGCGCGCGCACGUACGACACAACGUAGUCCAGGCUCGCGCCUUGAGGGUGCACCUGCAUAACUUUUUUAUAUAACUACGUAUCGAAUUAAAAAAAGUAUAUGCGUUGUUCCAGAUUAUGCUUUAUUCCAUAGACAUCCGUUUUGAAGAUACCUUCUAAUAAACUACUACUUUUGCAAUUAUUAUUAGUAAGUUUUUUUUAAUUCUAAAGCAAGAGAGAACAAGCAAAG